UAGAUAGGGAAGUGGUGUGAGCAGCAGAACCCUGGCCUGGUGGUUCCAAGGCCCUCUUUGCCCAAGAGGGCGUCAUGUCCCCUACCCUCCACACUGCCAGCAUGGAGACCUGCUCCCAACACUGCUGGCCAGGCUUCACGGGGGCCCAUCUUUACCCUGUCACCCGUACUAUGGUCAGACGGUGCCCACAGCUGCAGGGAUAGCCUCUGGCCAGCCCACAAGGAUGGGCACUGGGCCACCGCUGGAGGAGGAGGCCAGGGCCGGGGAGUUCACACAGGGCAGAGUCCACGUCUGUCCAAACCUAGCAGGACUGCGGUGCUGCUUGGAGGUCAGUGUAGGGCUGGGGGUGUCUGGGCGGGACAAGGCUAUUCUUAACCUCAAAGCAGUGGGACAAACUGCCAAGGAAAGACAGACCAGCUCAGCUUUAUAAGAACAAAGCAUUUCUGUACAUCCUCGCAAAACAGCAUCACAAGCUGUGGUUUAUGGUGGUUUUGUUUUUGAAGGGACACCAUUUAGAGUAACAUAUGCGGAGAGCAUUUCAGAUGAAAGACAGGCAAUGACUUUACUUCUAGACCUUGACUUCAUCACGGCAGAAGGUGGUGAGGGGCGCCUGGGGAGGCAUCACACCAGCCCCUCUGCUGUUGUGCAUUUGCAAUUUUCCAUAAUAGAAAGCGGGAGAAAAAGAUAUAAAGACAACGAAAAGACAAUCAACACAUGGGCAUCAGGUCUUUGUGACGCCCAGCAGUAAAGUGACACCCUUCAUCUAUAAAGCACACUUGCAAAUCCAUAAGGAAAAACCAGAACCCCAAUUCCAAUUGAGUAAAGGCCCUAAACGAGCGAUGUGGCCAGAGAUGUAAGAUGCAAAGCAAUGAUCGUGGAAAACAGCAAGUGAUCCCACGUCCUGCGGAAAGACUAUAGGGAGAGGCACCUCAGGUCGCAGGGACCCUCUAGGUGGCAGAGUUCUGCACCCACCGGUGUUGCCAGGGCUCAGGGAGGGGCCAAAGUUACCGCUACAGCUGAAGGUAAGGAAGAGAUAGAAAAGCAGUUGCCUGCCCCAGCAGGCAGACAAGUGAAGGAGGCGGCCUGGGAAUCCAGCUCCCCAGGGGCCAAGGCAGUGCCACCUGCGGGCUGAGGAAAGCAGAGGGAUUUUCAGGGACAGAAUGGUUAUUGGAUUCAGCCUGGAAAUUAGAUUUCCCCAGCAGAGGCGGCACCCCUGUUGCAAGGGACCAGAUUCCCUGGUGGGGGUGGGGGUGGGACAGAUGGCCCCUUAGUGACCUGCCCCCAGGCUGUCCAGCACACAUCUGAUGAUCAUAUGGAGGACGACUUGCAUGUGCAAGGAGAACAAUCUGGGGGGGGCUCUUCCCCUGUGCCGCUGGGGUAUCCUAGGCCAAGUGCAGGCCAGGUCCACAGCAGUGCUACCUGUCCCCCAAGACAGGUGUGCUGCUGGGCAGGUGGUCCAGAAGGACCAGGGGCUGUGGUGGUACUGAUGUAGGAGGCUCAGGGUCAAGUCAAGGCAGGGACACUUGUGGGGGCCCAGGGUGCCUGAGGUCUGGGAGCUGAGAGCCUGGAGCUGGCAACGCCAGCCAGACAUGGCAGAGACGGGCCUCGCUCUGGCGGGGGUACGGGCAGAGACAGGUGACUAUCCCAGCCGCUGCCCCUCCUUGGGGCCUCAGCUACAGGGAGCACCACGAGAGGCACCUAAGGGGGUGGCCCAAGAUUCCCACUGGGACAGGUCACAGACACUUGCUCCCUGUGCCAACUGAGGCACUCCCGGAGUCUCCUUGGUUCCCUGGGAACUGCCUCUAUCAGAACUCAUGGGAUGGAGCCCUUUCUCUCUCCCGGCCAUUGUGGCGGCUGCUCUUGGUUGGGGCCGUCCCACACCUAAGGCAGGAAGAUGGUGGCCGCAAAGAAGACGAAAAAGUCUCUGGAGUCGAUCAACUCUGGGUUCCAGCUCGUUAUGAAAAGUGGAAAGUACGUGCUGGGGUACAAGCAGACUUUGAAAAUGAUCAGACAUGGCAAAGCGAAGCUGGUCAUCCUCGCCAACGACUGCCCGGCCUUGAGGAAAUCUGAGAUAGAAUACUAUGCCAUGUUGGCCAAAACUGGUGUCCAUCACUACAGUGGCAAUAACAUUGAAUGGGGUACAGCAUGUGGGAGGUACUACAGUAUCAUUGAUCCAGGUAAUUCUGAUAUCAUUAGAAGCAUGCCAGAGCAGACUGGUGAAAAGUAUAUCAUGCAGAAUUUUUCCUUAACAAAACUGGCCACAGCUUGUUUUAAAAAACAAAAAACAAACAAACAAGAACUCAUGGGAUGGGGAUGGACAGCUCUCCCCCAGGCCCCAGGCUGGGAUUCAGGGGAGCCCCCUUGCUAUCCCUCCGGUACCAGGCCCACAUUCCAGCUGCAGCCACAGCCCCACAGUGAUACCUUGCAGGGUCCAAUUGUGGGGUGUGGGCAAAGAGGAUUUACCUCCUCGGCGGUCCCUGUAGCAGCCAGCCCAGGGACACCCCAAGGUCCCCGGGGCUGGGGAGCUGUGGAGCUCCAUAUAAGGAAGGUAGGGGCUGGCAGUCACAGUGCCCUCUCUACUUGUACCAGCAGCCCACCCACUCUACCUCAGCCAUGACAGGCGAAACUGGGGGG